UCAUCGUAUCGCGGUCGUUUAGUCAAUACGCGACCCCACGAGAAGGCGCUCCGCCCCAGUUAAUCACCCCCUUGUAGGCGAAUCGAGACACCGUUUCAGGACACUCAGACUCCAUCAACAAUAAGAGAAAAAUGCCCGGAAUUACAGAUCCAGUUGCUUUUCUCAAGGACUUCGCUGCCGGAGGAAUCUCCGCGGCGGUGUCCAAGACCGCGGUGGCCCCCAUUGAGCGUGUGAAGCUCCUGCUCCAGGUGCAGCACAUCUCUAAACAAAUUGCCCCCGAGCAGCGGUAUAAGGGCAUGGUGGACUGUUUCGUGCGAAUUCCACGUGAACAGGGUGUUCUUGCCUACUGGCGUGGCAACCUUGCCAAUGUGAUCCGGUAUUUCCCAACGCAGGCGCUCAACUUCGCCUUCAAGGACAAGUACAAGCAGGUGUUCUUGGGCGGUGUGGACAAAAACACCCAGUUCUGGCGCUGGUUCGUUGGCAAUCUCGCCUCCGGUGGCAUGGCUGGUGCCACUUCCCUGUGCUUCGUCUACCCUCUUGAUUUCGCCCGUACCCGUCUGGCUGCCGAUAUUGGCAAGAGUGGCGCUGAGCGUGAGUUCACCGGUCUGGGCAACUGCUUGGGCAAGAUCUUCAAGGCUGACGGCAUCAGCGGUCUGUACCGUGGCUUCGGAGUGUCUGUCCAGGGCAUCAUCAUCUAUCGCGCUGCCUACUUCGGCUUCUACGACACCGCGCGUGGCAUGCUGCCCGAUCCCAAGAAGACGCCGCUGUACAUCAACUGGGCCAUCGCUCAGGUGGUGACGACAGUCGCUGGCAUCGUGUCAUAUCCAUUCGACACCGUGCGUCGUCGCAUGAUGAUGCAGUCUGGCCGCAAGAAGACAGAGAUUGUGUACAAGAGCACUCUGCACUGCUGGGCGACCAUUGCCAAGCAAGAAGGCAGCGGAGCCUUCUUCAAGGGCGCCUUCUCCAACGUUCUCCGUGGCACUGGCGGUGCCUUCGUACUUGUGUUGUACGAUGAAAUUAAGAAAUUUUUGUAAUUUAAAUUAUUUUAUUUAUCAACCGCCAAUAAAGCUACGGAGUUACAAAAGUACACACCGAAUUCCCAUCACUGCACAUCAAGAGCAAUCCGCGGAAGGAAAUUCCAUGUACAUCAAGGCGAUAUGAUAAAGUAUUAAAGAAAGAAAAGAAGGAAAAAAGGAGAAAAACAUGGAAAUAAUGCGGGAAUUUCUCCUCAUGCAAGGAGGAGAUCCGUUUAAAAUGAAAGAAGAAAUAAUGUAGCGAAUAAAUACAGAUACUAAAAACAAAAAAAAAACCAGUUGAGACAAAAUCAUGCAAGUUUAAGUGUUCUCGGUAGAUUCUCAGACGUUGUCGCUUUACAUAGGAUCAAAUUUUAUCAUUUAUAUUACAAAUUUUCUUUCCUGCGAUGCGCAGUUUCUGUUCGUCGUCACGAUAGGGGAAAUUUCUUUGAUUUCUAUGAAAGGAAAAUUACAGUGAAGAAAUAAAUGAGAGAAAGCUCA